AUGGCAUGCGUAUUUCAUGGCCGCAGGCUUGCGCUGAAUUGUGGGAAUGUCAUCAACAGCAGGUGCAAUCAUGUCGUAGUGCAGCUGAAUCGCAACAAGUCGAGCAGGUCGAACCGAUUUGCUCUCAACUUCUCAACUUCGUGUCUGAGUAAAGGAGAAACAAUCCCCUGGCUGCCGGUGAAGCAACUGAGGUCUCGUCGGCCCUGGAGCACCUCCUGGCAGCAGCCGAGGCUCCUGUCCUUUCAGCAGGGCUGCGAUGACCACUGCGAGAGCGUCCGCGAGCAGAUCAACGAGGUGACAAGCUCGGAGGAUCUUUUCGAUGUCCUUCAAGCUCUCCGAAGCAAAGGUCUGGCUCUGAGUCUUUCAGAUGGUGUGCAUGCCUUGCAGAAAAUGUCGCGCUUGCAGGCCCCGGCGCAACUUUCAGAAAAAGAAAAAUCGAUGUGCGUGGCUUUGGUUAGGGGAAUCAAUCAGAGAGUGUUGAAAGGGGGAGAAGAGCUUGAUAUAGACAUCAUUCCUCUUCUUGCUCAUGCACUUGCAAAGCUUCGCCUGCAAGACAGCGAUGUUCUGGGGCUGAUCCGUUAUCUCCGAGAUCACUUGAUCACUCUCGGCUUCAUGUACUUCCGGCAUGUGUCCCUCAGCAACAUUCUGUGGGCCUUCGCUACAGUGGGCUUCACCUCCGACGCAGUGCUGUUGAAGUUUCAGGCGCGAAAGAAGAACUCCUUUCAGUCUGUCGAAUCUGCUCAGCGCAUUUUGAGCCCUCGCAUUUCAAUUUUCAGUGAGCAGGGUAUCGGCAACGUCCUCUGGGCGGUUGCGACUAUUGGUGUACGCAGUGAGAAUUUUAAGAGCCUGUUUGAAGUCAGCGAAGAGGAGGUCCUACACGUCGACAGGCUUCGCAAAGGAGUCAUUUGUGAGUUCAAUCGAGCAGGUGCAAAGCAGCAAACUUCCAACGUGGUCAAGAUGGAUGACGUGGAGCUGGAAAAAUCGGAUGGCAUGGACAAGAGUAGAGAGCAAGAGCUGCAUGACGUUGGAGAAGCCGAGGAUGACCACGGAAUUCAAACGGCAGGGAGAAAAUUCUUUACCCUCCUCAUAGACUGCCUCCGAUCGUGCGACUCUGGAUCGAAGAAAAGUGGACGGGCUCUAAAGAGGAUGCAAAGGGUGUGGGACCUCGAAACCUGCAGCAGACUUCUGGUCAAUAUCCUUAAGCUUCCAUCCAAGUCUAUCAAAGUAGAGAUGGUGCAGCUGAUUUCAUCGUGCAUCCUACAAGCAAAGUCUACGUCAAAGGUGUCGAAUAAGCUGGAACUGCUCACUCUCUUCUACAGCUCGCCUUCUUCCAUGACGAUCCUUGAGCUCCUAAUUGCUGAAUUCAGCAGAAGCUUCACUCCCACUUCUCGCUCUCACCCCAACCGCAGAGAAUUCAAGAAUUUCUCUCCUUCUGAACUCACAAAGGCGAUCUGGGCAUUCACAGUGAGCGGCUGCUACAAAGGUGCGAGAGUGAUCCAAGACAAGUGCUUUCGUCUCUUUCUUGAAGAGGGAUGGCUGAAACGCUCCGGCUGGGAUCUUUCAUCCGUCUCCUCGCUGUCAUGGAGUUGUAUGAAAGCUGAGAACGAAUUCUCUCACAUGCAUGUUCUCGAAGACUAUAUCGCUACCUUGCAGCUGAGCAAAGGGGAUAUUGAUGACCUGUCAAGCUUGUUAUGGAUUCACGUGGUCUUGGGGAGAGAGCGGCUUGAUUACAUCGAGUUGCUGCUAGAGCCCAUCUUUGCAAGGUUGGACGAAUGUCGAGCAGCCAAUCUUACCCAGAUAGCACAAGCUCUAGUCGCAGUUUCGCCAUUACGGAAAUCAGAGAAACAUGAUGGACAGCUGAGACAGGUGCUCAAGAAACUUGGAGCGACCUGGAAGGAAAGAAAGCUGCCCCCUUCCUCUGUCACACACAGCAUGGAGUAUAGAUUCUUGAGCGGGAUCUUCCUCAUUGACAUCGUCCUCUUCAAGAACAAGAAAGCCAUUGUGGCGGUUGAGGUUGAUGGGCCCAUGCAUUUCAACCGAGUGGCCGACGGAGACUCUUUCCGCUAUGUGCGAUCGAUUGAGUCGAGAUGGAAAGAGAAAAUUCUUCGACAAGAGGGUCUGAUUGUUGUCUCCAUUCCUUUCUAUGAGUGGGACAGGCUGCAGCUACAAGGCAACAAAGAGCUGGAGGAGGCAUAUUUGCUCUCCAAGCUCACAGAGGCGGGUGUGACACUGGAGGAACUUGAUCGCUUGCCGCCGAUAGCAUCCGAUGGCACCACAGCUGCUUUAGGCCCACCUUUUCCAAAGCCCCUCGACUCCGGGCCCCGCAAGUUCCGAUAUCCGAUGAUCACACUACCAAGGCUGCUGUGGCUGCUGUAA